CGCGAGAUGUGACGUCAUCGCUUGCCACAAAUCAAGAUGGCGGUCGCAGUGUCGAUGUUUCGGUGGCUGGAUCUUCUUGAAAAAGAAUUCGAUAAAGCAUUUGUGGACCUCGAUCUGCUACUGGGGGAAAUAGAUCCGGACCAGAGUGAAAUUACCUACGAUGGAAGACAGAAAAUGACCCAGCUUUCUUCGGCUUUUGCCCAACUUGUUCACAAAUCUCAAACAAUAUUUCAGUCAAACGCAAAGUUGGAGGCAGAGCUCGUUGCCCUUAGACAUGAUGUUGUGGAAGAACAAGCCACUAAACGUGUAUUAGAGAAAGAGGUCAAUAAUCUGCUAUUACAGCUCCAUGCCGUUCAAUUACAACUGCACACAACGUCAGGAACUCACCUUGAGUCAGAUAAUAUAAGAAGCAAAUUGGAACUAGAGAUUUCCAAAUAUAAAGCAGAUGCUAUGAAGGAGGCUAAGCUCGAUUGCCAGGUUAGGCAGCUAGAAAAGGAAAACGCUGCACUGAGAAAACAUAUUUUCUCCUUACAAGGUGAAGUGUAUGGUGCUCGGCUUGCUGCUAAAUAUCUCGACAAGGAAUUGGCUGGAAGAAUACAGCAGAUUCAAUUAUUAGGGCGUGACAUGCGAGGAGCAGAGCACGACAAAUUAUGGAAUCAGAUCGAAGCUGAAAUCCAUCUUCACAGACAUAAAACUGUUAUACGAGCAUGCAGGGGGCGUAAGGACCCUCGUAACAAGCCUCCCCAGCCACCGCCCCCAGAACCAACGGAAAAUGAUGAGGAUGCAGAUUCGAUAUCGCGGAAACGGCGGGGGAUAGGGGAGCCUAGAACAGUUAUAGUCAACAAAGACAAAACUGAAGGUUUAGGGAUAUCAAUAACGGGAGGAAAAGAGCACGGAGUCCCCAUCCUGAUAUCAGAGAUACAUGACGGCAUGCCAGCUGCAAGAUGCGGUGGCCUGUACGUCGGUGAUGCAAUACUUGCCGUUAAUGGCAUAGACUUACAAGAUGCCAAGCAUAACGAUGCAGUAAAGAUUCUGUCAAGUAUACAUGGUGAAAUCACUAUGGAGGUGCUGUAUGUAGCUCCUGAUGAUUCCAGCGACGAGGAAGAGGAUGCAUGGGAGGAGGACGACACAAGGAGAUACAGCAUGCUUGGAAAGACAGAGGACCCCGCCCGGGAACUAGCAAAUGGAGACGUCUUCAUGACAAACUCUCCUGGAGAUUCCAUGAGAAAUGGGGUUAGCAACCCAUCUAACCAGCUUGCCUCGACGUUACCCUACCUACCUAGCCAUCCCGGCAUUGCGCAGCAGAUGAACAAUACAACCCCACCCACAGAGACAGUUGUGCCCUUACAAAACACUACCCCACCCUCCACACCUAAGGACCUUUAUUUACCCAAAUCAAGUCAAGCAAAGUCUUCAUCGCAAAUGACACCAACAAGCUCACAAUCAUCUCCGUCGCCAGUUUCUCCAAGGAGUGGGAUGAACGUUGGGAACAUUACUCCAUCUUAUUACGUCCCUCCUCCGAGCAAUGUUGAAGGCGGAGAGCUUUUUUCGCCAUCAUAAAUUCUGGUAACAUCAAUCCUGUAGCUAUCUCCUACACGGUGCCAAUGGGGUGGAAUGAAAACUGGUAACAUUACUCUAUUUGGCCCUAGCAAUGCUUAAAAUGGAGUGCUCUUUUCGCCAUCAUAAAUUCUUCUUUUUUACCAUGGUGGUCAGCAUUUAAGCUAGCAGUCUACACUGUAAGGUUUAAAGGGGAUUGAUGUAUUAUUGGAAUAGUGGAUUGCCUGGGAAUAAAAGAAGAUCUUGUGCUUCUUCUUACAAGACAAAGUGGCCCAUUCAGAUCAUGUUAUGUCUUUGUAUCAUCUUUGAAUUUUGAAGUUAAAUGGGUUGACUAUUUGAAUUCUCUUGACUUUGCUUUGGGGAGUACUUUUUGGUUCCAAACAUAAAACUAUAAAUCUAUCAUUGUGGAGUUCUUUCAACUUCUACACUAUGAUGAUGUUAAACACGAAACACAUCAAACAUUACGAUGGACCAUAUAAAUCAAAUCGACAUGCCGAUCUUCUGCACAAACCUUCAAGGAACACUAUAAUGGUGUAAUAAGCAUGGAUCACUUUACAUAGCGGAGUACUAUAUCAACCUAAAAAACAUGUGUUGAAUGUUUUUGUGUGACUUCUACAGAAACCUUGCAGAUGUUUGUGCAAAUGAUCUCGUGGAGGCUGUGCACCACAUAGUGGAGCAACAUUGAGCAUUGUAUUGACAUCAGCAUAUAGUGGAGCAACAUUGAGCAUUGUAUUGACAUCAGCACAUAGUGGAGCAACAUUGAGCAUUGUACUGACAUCAGCAUAUAGUGGAGCAACAUUGAGCAUUGUAUUGACAUCAGCACAUAGUGGAGCAACAUUGAGCAUUGUACUGACAUCAGCAUAUAGUGGAGUAACAUUGAGCAUUGUAUUGACAUCAGCACAUAGUGGAGCAACAUUGAGCAUUGUACUGACAUCAGCAUAUAGUGGAGCAACAUUGAGCAUUGUAUUGACAUCACCGCAUAGUGGAGUAACAUUGAGCAUUGUAUUGACAUCACCGCAUAGUGGAGUAACAUUGAGCAUUGUAUUGACAUCAGCAUAUAGUGGAGCAACAUUGAGCAUUGUAUUGACAUCAGCACAUAGUGGAGUAACAUUGAGCAUUGUACUGACAUUAGCACAUAGUGGAGCAACAUUGAGCAUUGUACUGACAUCAGCACAUAGUGGAGUAACAUUGAGCAUUGUACUGACAUUAGCACAUAGUGGAGCAACAUUGAGCAUUGUAUUGACAUCAGCACAUAGUGGAGCAACAUUGAGCAUUGUAUUGACAUCAGCAUAUAGUGGAGCAACAUUGAGCAUUGUAUUGACAUCAGCACAUAGUGGAGCAACAUUGAGCAUUGUAUUGACAUCAGCACAUAGUGGAGCAACAUUGAGCAUUGUAUUGACAUCAGCAUAUAGUGGAGCAACAUUGAGCAUUGUAUUGACAUCAGCAUAUAGUGGAGCAACAUUGAGCAUUGUAUUGACAUCAGCAUAUAGUGGAGCAACAUUGAGCAUUGUAUUGACAUCAGCAUAUAGUGGAGCAACAUUGAGCAUUGUAUUGACAUCAGCACAUAGUGGAGUAACAUUGAGCAUUGUAUUGACAUCAGCAUAUAGUGGAGCAACAUUGAGCAUUGUAUUGACAUCAGCAUAUAGUGGAGCAACAUUGAGCAUUGUAUUGACAUCAGCACAUAGUGGAGCAACAUUGAGCAUUGUAUUGACAUCACCGCAUAGUGGAGCAACAUUGAGCAUUGUAUUGACAUCACCACAUAGUGGAGCAACAUUGAGCAUUGUAUUGACAUCGUGGAUCUACUGUACAUAACUUAACAGCAGUAGCACGGAAAGUCUAGUUUAGCUCUAAGGGUGGCAUGGAUGAAAAAUGUAUAAUAUAUGCACACUGGUUUAGUCACGAGGUUUGAUGAAAGAGAGGGGGUGCACAGGGUAAGAUUUAAGAUUUGGUGAUUAUUCAAUAACAAGACAUCUGUUUGGCAGUCAAAUGAUCUACUCAAUGAGGGAAAUAAUGGCAACUAAUGUCUACUAAAUCUACCAUGGAAAUUAUUUUAUGGCUUACAUUUAAAUAGCCUUAUUAAUCCGACUGCACAUGAUCGUUCAUUUCACUUCCUCUCCCUUUUUGAGGAAGUGAAACGAACAAUCACGUGCCGUCUGAUAAAUCAGGCUUACAGUUCAUAAAUAUUACUAAUGAGGAAAAAUUGUUAAAAGCAAAUGAGCUUGAAGGAAAUAUUUUGUAUUCGAUUGCAUGAAAUGCAUAACAUGAAUCAAAUAUGUAAGCAGAUUUUGUAGCUUAUUUAGAAUAAAAUUAUUCUUUAAAUUG